AUGACCGCCAUUCGUGUCGACUACGUGAAGAAGGUAGUGGCCGCGUCGUACGAUUAUACAUCGAAUAACGACGAUAACUGCACGGCAAAGAACUUGACCGACCCACACUACAUUCUUGGCUUGACAGUAACCUCUGAGGCAUCUCAAUGGCUGCUUUAUUUUGGAGUGGUUUCCAUGGCGUUGUCGCUGUUCUCUGGUACGUUUCUCGGAUCGUACAGCGAGCGAGGCGGGGGUAGAAAGCUACCACUACUUGUACCGAUAGUCGGGUAUACGUUUUAUAUGUUUUUAAAUUUAGUCUUCAUGUAUCUUGAACUGUCGCUUGCAUAUUUCUUUAUAGCAGAAAUAGUGCUGGGGUUGACUGGGAAUAUGUACACGGCAUUGGCUAUUAGUUUUGCGUACAUUGCUGACGUGACGCCUCCGAAGAGACGAACCUACCGUCUUGUCAUUCUUGAAAGCUGUGUUUUUAUCGGAGCAAGUAUUUCGCAGCUCAGCACAGGUUACUGGAUCCAAUCCAGCGGUCUAAUCCCGCCUGUCUGGAUGGGUUACAGCCUGAUGAUUUUUAGCGUUUUCUACAUCAUUAUCUGGGUGCAAGAUACGUCAUCUACGCAGAGCGACACAUCCUGGAGUUUGAAGAAACAGUGUUUGGAUGUGAUGCAUUUAUUUACACGUAGUUCGAAAGAUGCAUGCCUUCAGCUCUCUGUUCUCUCAGUAGUCGUGUUCAUGUCGUUCUUGGUAAUUGGUUCUGCCAUGAGCAUCUCUAUGUUGUAUCUUCUCAGUACACCGUUCUGUUUCAAUUCUAUCUAUAUAGGUUACUAUCAAUCCAUAUUAUUCGUCUCCAAUGCAAUUGGUUUGAUAUGUUUUGGAAAGCUACUAUCUUACUGCCUCGGAGAUCUUGGUAUGGCCAUAGCAGGUUUGUCGUCUCAUCUGUUUGGCAUGGUAUUAUUGGCGUUCGCACACAAUAAAGCAAUGGUGUUUGUUUGUGUUUUAUUUACUAUCCUAGGGUGUACGCAAGCUAUUGGCAUCUGCAUUUCCCCAGUCGUAUAUAACAACAUAUAUUCUGCCACAGUCGAUACUCAGUCAAAUGCAGUGUUUUUUGCGUUCGCUAUUGCCUUACUCCUUGGUAUAUUAGUUGUCAGUACCAUUCAAGUUCUACAUUGUCGAAGGCCUUCAAGUGCAAUUCCAUUGAAACAUUUAGAAGACAAGAGUGAUGAUAAUGAUGACUAUGAGUAA